AUGCACUCCAUUCUUUCAUCGGGCUUGACGGGCCUUGCCGUCUUGGCAUUUGUUGCCUCCGCAUUUCCUUUCCAGUUAUCAGAAACGGAGAACUGUGGAGCUGUAAGUGGCACAUUCGAAAUCGAGAACUACAAGCUCUAUCCAGAAAAUCUUGAUUGGGACCCUAUUCACUGCAAGCUCUAUAUAAGCGCCAACUUCAACUCUACAGUCCUUGUCUACGAUCCUUACAAGGCAACCUACGACAUCCUGACUUUCGACGGUAUCACUGGCGUAGACCCCUACCACGUAUCCGGCAUUGACUAUGACGCGACAACCGAAUCCAUCCUCUUCUCUGCCAACAGCGGAGAACCUUUUGCGACUUCUGACCGGAAUAUGACUGGCGGCAACAAGGUCAUCCGCUGGGAUACCAACACCAACUCGGCCGCGUACACGGCAGACUUGGCAGAUUUCACGUCCAAGCUGGCCAUCGGCAACAUGACCGGCGGAGGAUACCAAGACUUUGCAGAGGACAAGAACGGCAAUGCCUACGUUCCCUCUUCGUUCCAUAUCCCUGCCAUCGCCAAGAUUACCAAGGCCGGCGAAGUGUCGAGCUGGUACAUUGGCGAGCCGAGCUCGUCUAGCAAGUACAUGUACCUCGGCAUCAUAUUCAACGAGGCCUCCAACAAGCUCAUCAUCACCGCACCCUACCUCGGCACAUUCCUCUCUUUUGACGUCGGUUCGUCCAGCCCGGCACCCACCAACAUCAGCAUGGCCUGGCCUGCGGACGGAUCCUAUACCGCCAGCGAUCUUGGUUGCGAUGGCCUGCUGAACCCCGCCCGCUACAACCGCAGUAUCUUGUUGUGCUCUGAGGAUGCGCUGCAAGCCAUCACUCUCUGGGCCACCAAAGAUGGAUUCGAGUCGGUUCAAUACAUUGGCAAGGUUGCGGACAACUCGACUGUUGACAUUGCGACGUGGGCGUCGCCGACUGCUACUGUGCAGCUUGGAAACAACAUUUACAUCUCGCACGAGUACUUCCACGAUCUGAACGAGUUUGACGUCGCCGGCGACCGUUCUACCUUCCCGUUCGUGGAUGCCACUGCUGACUUUGACAAGUUGGUUUUGGCUGCUGGCUACGACGUCACGGACUCCUGA